AGAAGAGCUGGGCACCGUAAAGACGUUUUGAAGGUCUGACUGGUCGGAUGAGAGUAGAAAUCCGCUGGACUCUAUGCCACACCUUGACUGCAUCGGGAAAAGCUGCAACAAAAAAGGACUUUUUCAAUUCCUGAAGAGGAAUUUCCUGUGAAUUCUUAAAAGCUACAGAAUGCAAAAAGGAUUCGUUCUUGAGUGCCUUCUUGAAUUCUGCAAGAAACUGACACUUUAGUCAUCUUGCGUGGAACAUUGCCACCAUUUCCCAGAGGAACACAUUCCUUCAGCAAUCUGCACCUGCACUCUCCACUCUGCUGGGUCGGUCAGCGAAGGACACCCUGUUGCAAACGUCUGAAACUGAGGUUUUCAUUGUCCAGCCCUUUUUUUUUUUUUUUUUUCCACGACAAGCUCUGAGUCAGCCCAAAUGUCAGAGGGAAUCACGUUGGCAUCGCAAGCGGCCGGGAUUUAGCAGCGAGCGUAGUUCAGAUAGAAGUCAUACUGCGAUUGUGCCAAACGAUCUGGAAUAAUGCUGUGUACGCUGUGCUCUGCUUGUCCUUCCCAAUGACAGCAGUGACAGCAUGGAUCUCGAUGCAAGCCGACUGACUGGGCCGAAUGCGUGGGUUGCUUGCUGACUGGAGCAGUUGCUAUUUGAGGUCUUUGAGGACUCGCGGUCCCAGCGAUGGGAGAGACGGCAGAGUACCAGAGGCUGCAGGAGACGGCAGAGUCAGACUACCAGAGCUUGCCCAGUGAUGAUGAAGAGAGACUGGGCAGUGGCAUGCAGUGUGAGGAAGGAACAGAAUGGCUGCUGGAGCUGCUGAUGGAGGUGCAGCUGCAGCAGUACUUCAAGAGGAUCCGAGACGACCUCAACGUCACGCGACUCUCGCACUUCGACUAYGUCAAGAAUGAAGACUUGGAGAAAAUUGGCAUGGGUCGACCCGGCCAGAGACGUCUUUGGGAGGCCGUAAAGAGGAGGAAGGCCAAGCGGAAAACCUGGAUGAGCAAGGUGUUCAGUGGGAAGCGGAUAGAGGGCGAAUUCCCCCAGCAAGGCCAGCUGGCCUCUUCGUUCCGCAAACUGUCCCUCACACCUCCCCUCUGUCUGGGUGACGGCGUCCUGGACAAUCAGCUACACGGUGGCGGCGGCCCACUGGACGGCCAGCAGCAGGCCCUCACCUGCCUCAUCCCAGAGAAGGACCUGACGCUGUUUGAGAAGCUCGGUGACGGCUCGUUUGGCGUCGUGAAGAGAGGGGAGUGGCUGACGCCUGGAGGGAACGUGGUGAACGUGGCGGUAAAGUGUCUGAAGACUGAUGUCCUCAGUCAGCCGGACGCUCUGGAGGAUUUUAUCUGCGAGGUCAACGCCAUGCACUCCCUGGACCAUCAAAACCUCAUCCGCCUCUACGGCGUGGUGCUCACACACCCCAUGAAGAUGGUGACUGAGCUGGCUCCUCUGGGUUCUCUGCUGGAUCGUCUGCGAUGCGUUCAUCCUCAGGGCCCGGUGGUGAUCCACACUCUGUGUCAGUAUGCCGUUCAGGUAGCGAGCGGCAUGGCUUACCUGGAGCAGAGACGGUUCAUCCACAGGGACCUGGCGGCGAGGAAUAUCCUGCUCUCCUCAGCUAACAGAGUGAAGAUCGGGGACUUUGGCCUGAUGAGGGCGCUGCCUAACAACGAUGAGCACUAUGUGAUGCAGGAGCAUCGCAAGGUUCCCUUUGCUUGGUGUGCUCCAGAGAGCCUGAAGACGAGAACGUUCUCCCACGCUACGGACACCUGGAUGUUCGGCGUCACUCUCUGGGAGAUGUUCACGCACGGCCAGGAGCCGUGGCUGGGCCUGAACGGCAGCCAGAUUCUCCAUAAGAUUGAUAAAGAAGGCGAAAGGCUUCCAAAGCCAGAGGACUGUCCCCAGGACAUCUAUAAUGUCAUGCUGCAGUGUUGGGCUCAGAAACCAGGGGACAGACCCACUUUUGUAGCCCUGAGGGAAUUCCUGCUGGAGACCAUGCCUACCGACAUGUGCGCUCUGCAGGACUUCGAUGAGCUCGACAAACUUCACAUCAAAGUCAACGACGUCAUCACCAUCAUAGAGGGGAGGGCGGAGAAUUACUGGUGGCGAGGGCAAAACAAGCGAACCCUGAAGGUGGGGCAGUUCCCCAGGAACGUGGUAACGUCUGUCGCAGGGCUGUCGGCUCACGACAUCAGCAGGCCUCUGAAGAACAGCUUCAUCCACACGGGUCACGGAGACACCAACCCGCACCGCUGCUGGGGCUUCCCAGACAGGAUCGACGACCUGUACCUGGGGAACCCCAUGGAUCCUCCUGAUGUUCUGGGAGUGGACCUCAGCGCCGCUCGGCCCACACAGCUGGCGGGACGAACCAAAAAGGAGCCUCCCCCCCGGCCUCCUCAGCCAGCAGUGUUAAUCAAGAGUAAGUCUGGUUUCUCUCAGCAGCUUCUUAGCCACUGUUCCUGUCUUCUCUGUUCCCUCUUUGCUCCACUCUUCAAAGAACCGUGCUACGAUCCGGUAACUGAAGACGAGGAUUCCACCUCUGCAGCGCUCAGGAGAUUAUCUCUUAGGAAAACCGGUUCGCUCAAAGGUCUGAAGCUUAAACCUGCUGCGUGGGUCUCUGCCAACAAGCAGAGUGGCAGGCCCUCAAGUUCAGCCCACACCCCGAGCAGCAACAUGUCCCUCAUUGACUUCGGGGAGGAUUCCUCUCCUUCCCCCGUGGUGGAAAACCAAAAUCCAGUGCUGGCAAAGCUAGCGCUGCAAGUGGGCAACAUCCUGGACAAGACCCCGCCUCAUAGUCCGUCCAAGUGGCUGCCGCGGCCCCUGCACCCCACGCCGGUGGUAGACUGGGACGCCCGGCCAUUACCGCCACCACCGGCCUACGACGAUGUAGCCCAAGAUGAAGAUGACAUGGAGGUGAGCUCCAUUACCAGCUCGGAGCAGCAGCUGGACCACAAUCAGACUGCUGUCCACGGCGUAGACGGAGCUCUCUCCUCAGGACAGAUGACUGAAAGUGACGGCUUCAUCUCAAAGGAUCCAGAAAGACCGGUUCUGGAGGACAACCUUUUCCUUCCCGGCAAGCACAGCCACGCUGCCUCCCCGUCCUUCUCCCAAUCCGCAGAGAUUUUCCAGGAACUUCAGCAGGAGUGCAUGAGGAAGCUCAACGUCCCGACAGGCGGGGUUGGUCAGUGGACCCAAAUCUCAGCCUCUUGUCCUACUCAGAACGCCCAGGACGAUCAGCAGCGUCUCUCCACCAAUGAGGACAAACCUCAGAUCCCCCCACGUGUUCCAAUCCCCCCUCGCCCUAUAAAACGGGGAGAUUACACGUCCGCUCGCUGGUCGAGGGAUCUUUCUGUUUCCCCGAUGCCGUCGGACACCACAUACGGCAUUUCGGGCACAACCCUGGAGCGACCGCCUCAGAUCCCGCCCAGAGACCCUCUGUCCCAGCCCAACUCCCGGACGCCAAGCCCUAACUGUGCGGUGGUGGGUUCCCUGCAGCAGAGGAUCUGCUCCGUUAGCCCCUCAACCCACCAGGCCUCACAUGCCUAUAGCUCUUACCUCUCCACCUCUCCCGGCAAACCCAUGCCGACCACACACAGCUUUGCUUCGGACCCCAAAUACGCCUCCCCCAAAGUGAUCCAAGCCCAGGGUAGGGACAACUCCAACAGAGGUCCCUGCAUCCUGCCCAUCGUCCGAGACGGGCAGAAAGUCAGCAACACGCACUAUUACCUCCUGCCAGAGAGGCCGCCGUACCUCGACCGCUUCGAACGUUUCUUCAGAGAGGCUGAGAACCUCCCGGGCAGCAGCAGCGCCGAGGACAGGCACGCACGGCACGCCAACACGGCCACCGUGAGACCCCUGGUGGUCACCGCCCAGACAGUUCAGGGACUCGUCCAGCCGGGAGAGCUGAAGGCUAACUUCUCCUGCAAUAACAACUUUGGCAUGAGCGCACAGCGAUCAGGGCUGAAGACAUCAGUUAGUCUCCCUCGCGUGUGUUCAGAUGGGCUGACAGGUCCAACAGUGAAUUCUUCCUCAAGCCGGACGGAAGACGGAGGGAACUCUCUGGACAGAGUCCAAAUGGUGCAGGAGGCUGUUCAUGGCGUAACAAUAGCAGAGUGUCAAGCCGCCCUCCAGAACAACAGCUGGGAUUUCCAGAAGGCUGUGCAUUACCUAAAGGUGGAGCAGUUGUUCUGCUUGGGUCUGAGGAACAGGUCCGAGUGUGUAAAGCUGCUGGAGAUGUGUGACUGGAACCUGGAGGAGGCCAGCACUCAGAUAUUAGAAGAUUAUGGAUCCAUAACAAGACAAAGAUGAUGACCGCAGGCGGUGAGCUUUGACUGGACUCUCCUCUUCAGCCGAUCGCUGUCGACUUCAGUCAAGAACAGAAGACGAGAAGCACAAACCGGCAAACUUCGAUAUGAACCCGUCGGUCACAAUCACAGACACUGGAACGGAAAACAAAAGCGUCCGAGUCACUGUUUGACUUUUUCAUGUGGAUGGUUCAUGUAAAUUGUUGCACUUAGUUACAAAGACCUUGCAUCUGACCGUCUUGGCAGGCCGGGAGGAAGGAACGGUCCCAGGCAGAAAGACGGCACUCUGAGCUAAAACGGUUUACAGAAAGGAAACAAACGACAACAAAAAAAGAUGGAAUAAUGUUCUCACAACGCAGAGUCGGCACAAAACCCCAAACCGCAGGCAUGCGUUUCGUUAAAGGUGAAGCUCAUCUGCUGGCAGCUGGAUCACCACUUGGUUCUGGAGAGUUAUUUAGAAGAAAAGCACAAUCAAGUGUUUAAUCGGCUGGUGGGGAACGAUUGUGGAGGAAAUAUUUCUGUUUCUAUUUUAAAGGAGAUGUUUGUUGAGAGUUAUGCUGCUGAAAGCUUGAGAGUGCGAGGUGGAGGGAGGAAGUGAAGGAACAUGGUUACAAAUAAUGGAAAAAAAAACUUUGACUUUAUAGUUUGAGGAAGGAAGUGAGUCGCAGUGCAGUGCUUCGCUUCGCUCUCUGCUUAUAGAAACAAAUAAAACCUCUUGGAAAGUAAUGAAUAGAUGUUGAGGAGGAAGAGAAAAAGCCAAACAAACACGAAGAUGAUGUUUAAAAAAUACUCUACGGGGAGGAAAGAAAGUAAUAUAAUUUUUAUUUUAUUUUUUUUAAAGAAAAGAUUGUAUACAAUACAUUUUAUUUUGCAUCUUCCCUUAAAAAAAAGCCAGUGAAAGCCACACACUGUGGAAUGUUGCCGACCUCCAGGUACAGCCGGCCCUGGUUUCCUCCCCGUAAGCACUUCGCCCUGAGAGGACUCCCAUGCAUCAGCCGAAAACCUCAGCCUGUGCAGUUUUCCGCACGCGCCCCCGGACCGCGUUGGCAGCUAAUAACGGCGGAGAGAGUGAAAUUUUUUUUGCUCCAUAAUCAUCACUUCCUGGCGGGCCUGCGAUGCUUUCAGUCAGCAGCUUUACGACGCCGAUCAUUUCCAACUGGCAGGACAAAGUCGGACUCACUGUGGGGGGAACGUUGUGUUUUUUUUUUCACUCUGUAUUAUCAUUGCAAAAGGAGUAUUGCAGAUGCACUGAAUAAGUUGGAACUGCGGGGGAAAAUUGUUAAAAUUUAAAUGGAUGUUUCAGAAUUUUUGAGUUGAGGUUCUUUGAAAAGGUUCCUUUAUUUGGCCUCAGUUUUUGAUUGGAGGAUGAAGCAAACGGCGAGUCUGAGAGGGAGUGAGGCCAAAGCGGGCUUCUGCCGUUGUAAACCAACUCAGAGCGGUAUAUGCAAACGCUGUUUUAUGGACCAUAAUGCUACAGUCACAUUCACACAGAAGCCAGUUCUUAUUUUCUUGAGGAAAUGGAGGUUAGGAGACGCUGCGUUGCCAAUGACCUUGCUUUGUGGAAAAAGGAGACGAACACGAGUUGUAGAGCAUUUCUGGUCGGAUUAGCUACCCAAUAGAGAAGUAAAUUGGUGCGAAAAAAUCAAAACAUGUACUUGAACUCUUCAUAUAAAUCUUUGCUCUUUUACGCCGCUUCACUUUUACUUCACGUAGGAAGAUUAUUGAUGGCGCACUGCCUCCGACCUCCAUUUCUUGUAGGGGGAAUCUUUUGCAAACAUGACAGGGUUCAUAAAACCCUCCCGUCCCAGACUAGCUGUGAGCUUCAGCCUCCUAGAUUUGUUCUACAUGGAGAGUUAUUUACAGCUAAAUCACCACUUCUAACCUUUUAAGCUGCAGUGUGUAAUGAGAUGGAUGAUCUGUGGAAGAAUUGAGCUGCUGCAGCGGUGUGAAGAAAUGCACAUCUCAAAAACAACCAAUCAGAGCCAAGGGGAGGGUCUUAGGGCUGUGUAUUGCGCUUGAGAAACAACUUGCCAUCCCAGGAAGACACAGCCACCUUCGUCGGUGGCUAUGCUAACUAGCCACAACAUUCUCCAUCAGGAAGGAGCUGUAGCUUAGCAGAUAGCAGGGGAUGGUUGGGAGUGGAAAGGCGGAUGAAUGGUGUAUACACAUUCCUGAUUGACAGUGCUAAGACCUGCCUCCUGGCUAUGAUUGGUUGUUUCCAGUUGGCACUGGGAGACAGCGGAGGAGCUCAUUUUAUUUAUUUUUUUCCCUCAAAUUAUCGGUUUCGUAUAUCACAACAUGGUGAUGGUUUUUAUUUUUUUAUAAAAGUUGCACCCUGCAGCUUUAUUUAGGCUGAACUGUUCAGUCUUUAUGGAAAAAAAACCUUAAGUAUUUUAGAGAGUUUAGAUUUUUUAUUUUUUUUUACAGUCAUCAGCAAUGGUUUCCCUACUUGUUGACACAAUAAGUUUAUAGAAAACUGCUUAAAUUCUCUCUAAGAUUAAUGGCUUAGAGAGGCUAAAUUAUGUAAUUUAGCUUUAGCAACACAGAUCUUGUUUGACAAAACGGGGACAGUCUCCUGAGAGUGUAGUGGGUUUGCCAGUUCUAGUACCGGGGAUGUUUCCUGUUAUCAACCUUUUCUCCAAUCUGAACCUCAUUUUAAAAAAAAUCUAAACUGUCCUUUUAAAUGACUUGAAAGAAGCGGCAUGUAAGGGGUCACACGGUUUGCGUUCAACCCACUCACCUGUAUGAUCAUUGGGAAGAUGGCCGACGCUCGGGUCUGUUUGACGUCUCCGAUAAGCUAACCUACAGGAACAUCCGACCAUUUUCUGUAUGGACUGGGUCUGAUAAACCGACUGUUUCCAGUGUUACAGGAUGAUCCUGCAGAAGAGAACAUCAGUGUUGUGCUGAUCCUCUGGUUUGGACUCUCAGGUAACAUGUUACCUGUUCAUGUGCUGUUUGUCUUCACAACGAGCUGCUGUAGUUUUUGUUUUUUAGGACUGAAGUGAACCUUGUGAUCCCCCCCCUCCAGUUUAGAUUUUUUUGUUUCUGUUGAACCUUAUUUUUCUUUAGUCUUUUCUCUUCAUUCUGCUGUUUCUCUCCUCUUUGGAUUCUGUGUUGAUCUGAAAGACUCCUGUAAAGUUGCUCUUUAUUCUUUCUCUUUUUGGCGUUGAUGGAAACAAAGUUUAUGCUGCCGAAUAUACAGAUGUAUUUUUUAUUAAAGAAAGGAGUACUUUUUUA